AUGUCAUCAUCCAAGGCAGCCACUUCCAACAUCCCAGGGGCUGCAAGAGACCAACUACCCUCACCUUCGUGCCACACACCAUUAACAAAUACAGACAUCCACCACUCUGUCCUUCAUUGUCAAAACACAUCUACAGCAGAGCAGCAGCCACAGGAUCCUACAUCUAUUAGUGGAGCUAUGGCCAACCCAUCUUGUAGCAGUUCUCGAAAUAAAAUCCGGCUGAGUGUUGCCUUAUUCUCAUCCCUGCUUUGCCUCUUCCUAGCGGCACUCGACUUUACUAUUGCUACCACUGCAAUCCCAACCAUUGUGUCUUCCUUCCACUCUGGACAGAGCUAUGUGUGGAUCGGCUCCGCGUACCAGUUGGCCAGUGCUGCGUCGACGCCCAUCUGGGGCAAACUGUCAGAUAUCUGGUGA